AUGGCACCCCCGAUAAUGAAGAAGAGAAAGGUAGAUGAUGGGAUGAGGGGGAAGACGUCCAGGCCUAAGAAGAAAUUCAGAAAGCAGGAAUCCUACCACAGCAGUUCUUCUGAGGAUGAAGAGGGCACAACGGACUUCGCAGCGGUAAAUCUUAACGAUUCAGACAGCGACGCUGAAAAGUCGAUACACAGCGAUGUUUCUUCAGAAAACGAUGAACCCGAGCUACAGUCAGAAGAGAAAGAGGAAUUGGCUGCAACUGGGGAGUCAGACGGCGACGAUGAUGAGGACUCAGACUCAGACGCAUCUUCAAUUACCUCGCAUACCGGGUCAACAAGCACAACAAGCCGAAAACAUGUCUCUAAACGAAACGAUCCCACUGCCUUCUCAACCUCCAUCUCGAAAAUCUUGUCUACAAAGCUUCCUACGUCCGCUCGCGCGGAUCCACUGCUGUCACGAAGUAAAGCUGCAGCUCAGACUAGUGCAGAUAUAGCAAAUGAGAGGCUCGAACACCGUGCGCGCGCAAAACUACGAGCAGAAAAGAAAGAAGAGCUGGACCGUGGGCGUGUGAGAGAUGUGCUAGGGGUUGAUAGGGGCGAAGCUGGAGAAACGGCGGAAUUGGAGAAGAGACUUCGCAAAGUAGCCCAGAGAGGCGUUGUCAAGCUGUUUAAUGCGGUCCGGGCAGCGCAGGUACGGGGCGAAGAGGCUGCUAGGGAAGAAAGGAAGAAACGGUUGACAGUUGGAAUGGAUGAGCGGGAGAAGGCUGUCAACGAGGUUAGCAAACAAGGGUUCUUGGACCUAAUAAACGGGAUUGGUUCGAAGCCUAUCGAGGAAGCCUGA